AGUGGACCUGUAGAAGCACCACAGCACGCGCGCGGUUCCGCCUACAGAUGCCCACGCUCCGUCACACACGUGUGCACACCAAACGUCAUGAAGCUGCGAAUACGUGCUCACACACCUCUGUAGAAACCAAAAAAAAAGCCAAGAGAGAUACUUACACAAAGAACAUAUCAUCAUACUACGCAGGCUGAAUCAAGUGGAACUUGUCCAAGUUCUCUCUCCUCCUUUCUUCCAUAGAACCAUGGCCACCACUAUCAUCAUCGGGCGCAAGGAGCUCUUCUCUUUUGCUGAGCGGUACAGCUCUCGCCGGCUGGUCGACUACAGCGGUCUCGCAGACGGCGAAGUGUUGUGCUGCCUCUUCAAUCUGGUCUUCCCCGAGUUGCGCCUCCGCCCAGCCGCGCCGCAGACGCACUCCUCGACGCAGCGCGGGCACGUGAACUGGGAGCUGCUCUUCCGUCGCUUCGCGCGGCUGCGCAUCCCGCUCGAUUUCUUGCAGCCGUCGGCGCUGCAGCAAAACAGCGUGGAAUGCGGCUUCUCCACGUUGGUGCUCUUCUACUUUCUCCAUCACCUCUCCAAGCGGGCGGACUUCUCGGCGGAGUUUGCGCUGGACGUCGCGGAGGACGUGACGGCGUACCUGCAGUCCACCGACUGCAUCGCGUCGCUGCUGCUCGGCAACGCGCUGUCGUGGUCAGCGAUACCCGAGGCGCUGCUGCGGACGGUGCAGGACCACCCGGCUUUUCACACAACAGCCGACGAAGCUGUAAAGGCGGAGGAGGCGGCAGUGGAGUUGUACCGGCGCAACUUCACACGGCGGCAGCGGCGUCCUCGAACGGGGAGCCGCCACACGAGCAGCAGCGCAGACAGCUUCCGCAGCAGUAAUGGCAGCCAACACCGUCAAGGUGCAAGAGCAGCAUCCACCACAAAAGCAGGUGAGAAUGUGGUUGAAGUCGAGGAUAUGCCAAAACGACGUGGAGAGGGGCUAAGCAGUCCCCGAGCCGAGGCGAUGCAGCGCACGCUUCAGCAAGUAGCACGCAACGACACCGCUGCGGCGUCGUCUUCACCAGAAGCGGCGCGCAGCGCUCCAUAUGGGGAGCCCAACGACUUUUCCAGAAUCGCCCUCACAGAACCGCGUCUGACGCAGUCGUCGCCGAAUGCCGGCUCUGGGCAAGUCGGGCGGGUGAAAGCGACAGAGUUGGAGGGGUCGCCGCUGCCUCGUGCUCCUUCACAUGGCCCGUCAGCACGGUCCGAAACGUCGCAGCACCGGCAACAGAGGCGGCAUUCGCAUCUGUCCUCCGCCAACGGAAGCUACCGCAACUCUGCCUCACGUGCGUCCUCGACGGCGUCCUCUCACUCUUCCUCCUCCACAGUGCCGUCGGAGAACGAGUUUGAUAGCUCGCUCGAAGGAAGCGGCGUGCAGGGGAGCAGUACCACAGUGCAUGAUCUAUCACGUCGCCCGCCGCCUUCUGCGUUUCCAAGGGCUUCUUCGCCGUCGGCACAGGCGUCGUCUGCAGAAGCAGACCGCACCAACUCUUCUUCUUCUUCAGUGGUUAGCAUGGCGUCCUCCCACACUUCACGGCACACACAACGCCAGAAGGCUUCACAACAGCGACCGUCAUCGGCAUCGCUGAACGACCCACACACGUCGUAUCGCGCCGCACCGUCAGUUGAGCGUCGCCACUCCUCCUCUUCUUCGCUGAGUAAACAGGAGCGGUCUGCCAUGCGCACGCCUUCGCCGCCUUCACUUGAUGUCGGUGGUCGUGAAGACGCCCUCGAAGCCGCGCUGCGGGCGAAGGAGGAGGAGUGUGAAGCGCUGCAGAUGCGCGUGGCCCAGUUGCUGAGUCUGCUGGCAAAUGUGAAGGCAACAGCCAUGGCAGCCGCUCCCGCCCACCCCCACCAGCAGCGGGAGGAGCCGAGUACACAGCCGCCACCACCGCCGGCGCACACGCUGAGGGCGUACGAGCAGCGAAUGGAGGAGCUCGAGGCACAACUCCCAGCACACAAGAACGACGCGUCUGAUUGUUCUUCUCCGGAGCGCACAGCGGCAGACGUGGAGGCGGAUAUCCGCGCGUUGACGGCUGACGUGGUGGAUGAGGAGACCGGCGGGACCAUCGACGUCAACGCAACGGCGAACCUCCUGCACUGCCUUCUACUGGAGUGCCUGCACGACUCCCCACGCAAUCGUGAACAGAUGCAGAAGUGGCUGUGGUCGAUCGUGGCCGCGCAUCACACCGUGCAGGGCCGUCUGCUCGCCGCAGUGGAGCUGCUUCGCACGACGACGCAGAGGCGGCGAGGACGUGCAGUGUCACCGGCUCCUUCGUCUUCUGCCGCUGCUGCUUCGCCUGCGCCAUCGCGGCCUUCGAAGGUAUUCCGAGUCUCGCCGGACACGACUGCGCCGCCACGCAGCCAGUCCACCGUUGCCGCCCCCUUCGUGAUCGCCGGGUCCACUUCCUCUUCUUCCGUUUCUCCGUCAAUGAACAGCGUUCGAAAAGGCGAAGAGCAAGCAUCUGCGGCUGCUUCCGAGCUGGCACACCUUCGCACUGUGUUUUACGCGGAGCUGGAGAGGCUGCACGACCGGGAACACGCGCUGCAGGUGUCCCUUCAGACAUCCGAGGCGCAGUGUGCCGCCACGGUGCAGCGCGCGGUGCGUCGGGAGCGACUGUGGAAGCAGCUGUGUGCAGAGGUGUACGCUGCAGAGCAGGCGUCGUUUUACAUUACGGAAUGCAGCGUCGCAGAUGAAGUGGAGACGUGCCUGCGGCAGCGCGAUGUGCACUACGGGAACGUGGAGCGGCUGACCCAGCAGCUCGUGGAGGACCGUGAGGAGGAGAUGGAGAAGGAGGGGUGCAACGCGCGUCACGUGACGCAGCCUGAAAUGGAGAAGAAGCGGGAGUCGUGUGCGUCUCUGCAGGCGCUCAUCACACACCUCAAGGACGAACGAGCGGAGCUGCUGGGCGACGUUACUCGGCUGCAGGACCUUGUGACGGAGAUGCAGCAGGAGCGAGCAGCGGCGCCGCAGACGUUCUUCAAGCCGCGGCGCGACUCUCUUCCUUCUGCUGAAAGAAGCAAUGGGGGAAUGGAUACUGCAGCGACGGUUGGUUCUCGCCCAUCGCAGCUGCCAGUGCCGCCAGCCUUUCGUCCCCUCUUCCACUCAACUGCGUCUACCACGGAUGCCACGAACAGUGAACAGAACUCCUCUGCUUUACACUUGAUAGACGAAUUCCACUCAAGAGCAGCUGGCUUCAACGGCGGAGCAACACGGCCGCUGGCUCGCGGGCUCUCUUCCUUGUUGAGGGACGAGAAAACAGUGUACCCCGUGGCGUAG